AUGGCUGCACUGAUAGCAGAGAACUUCCGCUUCCUGUCACUCUUCUUCAAGAGCAAAGAUGUGAUGAUUUUCAAUGGGCUGGUGGCACUGGGCACAGUGGGCAGCCAGGAGGUGUUCUCUGUCGUGGCCUUCCACUGCCCCUGCUCACCGGCCAGGAACUACCUGUAUGGGCUGACAGCCAUCGGCGUGCCUGCCCUGGCACUCUUCCUCAUUGGCAUCAUCCUCAACAACCACACUUGGAACCUUGUCACUGAGUGCCAGUACCGGAGGGCCAAGAACUGCUCAGCUGCCCCCAACUUCCUCCUCCUAAGCUCCAUCCUGGGCCGCGCGGCCGUGGCUCCUGUCACCUGGUCUGUCAUCUCCCUGCUGCGUGGUGAGGCUUACGUCUGUGCUCUCAGUGAGUUUGUGGACCCCUCCUCACUCACAGUCGGGGAAGAAGGCUUCCCACCAGCCCAUGCUACCGAAAUCCUGGCCAGGUUCCCUUGUGGGGAGGGCCCUGCAAACCUGUCAGGCUUCCGAGAGGAGGUCAGCCGCAGGCUAAAGUAUGAGUCCCAGCUCUUUGGGUGGCUGCUCAUUGGCGUGGUGGCCAUCCUGGUGUUCCUGACCAAGUGCCUGAAGCAUUACUGCUCGCCGCUUAGCUACCGCCAGGAGGCCUACUGGGCACAGUACCGCGCCAACGAGGACCAGCUGUUCCAGCGCACAGCUGAGGUGCACUCUCGGGUGCUUGCCGCCAACAACGUGCGCCGCUUCUUCGGCUUUGUGGCACUCAACAAGGAUGACGAGGAGCUGGUCACCAACUUCCCAGUGGAAGGUACACAGCCGCGGCCACAGUGGAACGCCAUCACCGGUGUCUAUUUGUACCGUGAGAACCAGGGCCUCCCACUCUACAGCCGCCUACACAAGUGGGCCCAGGGUCUGGCGGGCAAUGGCGCAGCUCCUGACAAUGUGGAGAUGGCCCUGCUGGCCUCCUAAGGACCUGAUUCCCAGGCUCUUUACAAAUGGCACUACUUGGUCCCAAACUGAACCCCUCAGCCUGCUCACACCAAAGGGGAUUUUCUUUUUUAAACUGGCUUCUUGGGCAAACAGACCAGAGGAGAGGAACACAAGGCAAUCUGGGCUACAGAAUAAUCCAGUAGACAACGUGAUCAACUCUGACCUAAAGAAACUCCAUCUCCCGUUCCCACCACCCUACUUGGUCAACAGCUUGGGGAAAGACUUUCCCGGAGCUGGUCUCUAAUAACUAUGACAUGGAUGAUUUUAUGGGCUGGGACGCCAAGCUGUGAAAUCCCAGACAGCAGGUCCUGGUGACAGUGAAAGUCACUAGUACAUUGCUUAUACAGUACAUUGUGCAGUUAAUUUGUGUCUAACUGCAUAGGGGACACCCAGUUCAGCAGCACCCUGCUGGGAAGCUGCCCUUCAAGGGACACCUCUGGCCUUAUUUUAUACAUUUAAGUUUUUGAUAAAGCUUUUCUUACUAUAAGGGACCAGAGUGGCAUCUGUAUGAUUGAAUGGGCCAUGCCACAGCAGGCUGGUGGGCAUGGGGCCAGGCCCAAACCCCACACCCCGUGGGAGGGAAGGGGGCAGAACUAAAAUGCCACUGAGGUGGCAAGGGUACAGGGAACCCCAGGUGUCACACACAGGGGAAGGCUUCACAUUUGAAUUCAAUGAUCUGAUUUGGUCUGGGGAAUAGAUGAGGCCUGGCCUUUCUCAGAGGAAAGCUCAAUUUGAAAUUUCAACAGCCAGAAGAUCCUGCACUCAGUAGGAUAGAACUAGCUCUUGUAACCUUGUGUGACUGACCAGGCCAGCCCUAGCCUCUCCUUCCUCCUACCCCUAUCCCACUACCUCCACCUGCUCUCAAACCUUCCUGGCGUAUGACUCAGUUAUUUCCCAUAGAAAAGCUGUCAGGACAUUUAAGGCUCUGCUAGAGAAAAUUUUUAAUUCCCUCAGAGCUAAGCCAAAACAGAACUGGCUUCAACCACUGGCUGGAUCUAUGUUAGCCUCUAAGAACUCUGGAAUAUACCAGAUGGGGAGAGGUUAGGUGACCUGGCCAAGGUGGGCCUAAGAAUGGGACAUCAUAGGCGUUUAAGCCAAUGCCUGUGGCUUUCCUCUGCAGAUCAGGGCUCCCAAUCUUCCCUCUGAGCUGUGUCCUGCUGUCCCAGCCUCAUAGCCUCCACUACUGUGUGAAAAGCACUAGCUGAGCUGAGACUGAGGAGGUGCCUGAGAUUGCAAGAUUGUAGGGGAGGGCCUGCUCCCUAGACUCUACUGGACUGGAAGGACAGCUUACCAGGGACAAAGUGGGAUCCUAACCACAAGAUCCUUUAGAGUCAGCCCAUCUGCUCUUGUUCCCCAGGGAACUCCUUGAAGGAAGGACACUUGGCUUUUAUGGGAGCUCCAGGGCUGCAGAU